UCAAAGAUGGCAUCUUGUGACAACAUCCGGAUGCUAAUCUUCGGCAUAUUUUUCUUAAUAUCUCAGAUAUGUGCUUCUCAGAACAAACAUUUAUCGGAAGAAAGGACUAAAAGGGGAGUAGAUACUUCACAUUAUCAUAAUUAUAAGGAAUUAACUCAGAUGUUGAAAGACUAUGAACGACAAUUUCCUACCCUGUGUCGUGUUGUCAGCAUCGGGAAAAGCGUACAGAAGCGAGAGUUGUGGGCACUUCAGAUAACAGACAAUGUUAACAUGACAGAACCCGGGGAACCCAUGCUGAAGCUUGUGGGUAACAUGCAUGGAGAUGAGACAGUUGGGAGGGAAGUUCUGAUUUUUCUUAUUCAGUACCUGCUUGAAAACUACGGUGUCAAUGAUCGGGUGACGAAGCUCGUUGAUAAUACCAAUAUUUUUAUCAUGCCGUCUCUAAAUCCUGAUGGCUUUGAAGCAGCAGUGGAGGGGAAAUGUAACUCACUCUCACAUUAUGUAGGUCGUGAAAAUGCUAACCAUGUAGAUUUGAAUAGAAAUUUCCCUGACCAGUUUGGCAACCCUUCUUACAAAGGAAUUUUGCAACCAGAAACACAAGCUAUGAUCAGAUGGAUCGAAAACAACAAGUUUGUGUUGUCUGCUAACCUUCAUGGUGGAAGUGUUGUGGCAAGUUAUCCUUUUGAUGAUUCAAAGAAACACCAAGAGUCUGGUUUAUACAGUGCUGCUCCUGAUGAUGCCAUGUUCAAACAUUUGGCUCACGUUUACUCCAACAACCAUAAAACCAUGCACACCAAUACUGUGUGUGUUGGUGACAAUUUCCCUGGUGGAAUUACAAAUGGAGCACACUGGUAUGAUGUACCAGGAGGGAUGGAGGACUAUAACUACCUGCAUAGCAACUGUUUUGAGAUCACAGUGGAACUAUCAUGCUGUAAAUACCCUCCUAAGAUUGAACUUCCAAAAGAAUGGGGAAACAACAGAGAAGCUCUAUUGGCAUAUAUGGAGGAGGUCCAUAAAGGAGUUAAGGGUUUUGUGAGAGAUAAAGACACAGGUGAUGGCAUUGAAAAUGCUGAAAUACAUGUUGAAGGCAUCAACCACAGGAUCACCACAGCGUCACAUGGAGACUACUGGCGCCUCCUGGUGCCUGGAACAUACACCAUCACAGCCAAAGCAGAGGGGUAUGAUCCUCAAAUUAUAGAAAAUAUAAAGGUGACAGAUGGUGAUGCUGUUUCACAGGACUUCAGUCUGAAGAAAAGGGAUGUUGACACAUCAACAAAAGUUGGAAGUGGUAGUGGUAGUGGUGAUUCCUUGGCUCCAAAUUCUACACGGUCAAUUGAACCUAGUACUAGCAGAUCUUCUGCUGCCACCGCACCCCCAACUCUGGUCACCCCUGACAACCCCCUGGGGACCCUGAUAGAGGAAGUAGCCAUGUUGUCCGAUGCAGACCAUAGACUGAAACAGUCCUUUGUGGAGCCUCAAGUCUUCAAACACCACAGCCAGGAGGAGCUGACAGAGUUCAUGCACAAGUAUGCCCAGGAGUACCCUGCCAUCACCAGGUUGUAUUCUGUUGGGAAGUCAGUGCAGGGGAAAGACCUCUGGGUCAUUGAGAUCACAGAUAAUCCUGGGGUGCAUGAGCCAGGAGAACCAGAAUUUAAGUACAUAGGAAACAUGCAUGGGAAUGAGGUUGUUGGGAGGGAGAUACUGCUGUUGUUCAUACAGUUUCUUUGUGAAAACUAUGGAAAAAGUGAAGUGCUGACUCUGCUGGUGAAUCAGACUAGAAUGCACAUUAUGCCAACUAUGAAUCCAGAUGGUUAUGCCAUUUCCAAAGAGGGCGAUGAUUCAGGAGUGAAGGGGAGAGCCAAUGCCCAUGGUGUAGAUCUGAACAGGAACUUCCCUGACCAGUAUUUCAAUAAUGCUGGCAAUGAAAAACAGGAACCUGAAACCCUGGCAGUGAUGAAGUGGAUAAAGGAAUACCCUUUUGUGCUGUCUGCCAACUUGCAUGGUGGCUCUCUUGUGGCCAACUAUCCCUAUGAUGACCUGAAGAGUGGUUUGGGAGGGCAUGGUGUCUACAGCAAGUCUCCAGAUGACCAGGCCUUCAAAUUGGUAUCAGAGGCAUACUCUUUGGCCCACAGCACCAUGCACAAGGGACAUCCGUGUGGGGAAAGAUCCAAUGAAUACUUCAGUGCAGGAAUCACUAAUGGCGCUGCCUGGUACAGUGUGGCAGGUGGUAUGCAGGACUGGAAUUAUCUCCACAGUAAUUGUUUUGAGAUCACAUUGGAGCUGGGCUGUUUUAAAUUUCCCUGGGCCAAGGAUUUACCCAGCUACUGGAAUGCUAACAAAUUUUCCUUGUUUGUGUAUGCAGCACAGGUUCACAAAGGUGUUCGUGGUUUUGUUAAAGUUCAUGACACUGGGAAAGGUUUGGCUAAUACCACCAUCAGUGUGGCUGGUAUUAACCAUACUAUCAGUACAGCUAGAGAUGGAGACUACUGGAGAAUUCUGGCACCAGGAACAUACCAGGUCACAGCAGCCAAGGAGGGGUAUAAGAGCCAAACCAAACAGGUUGUUGUGACAUCAAACCCUGCUGUCCAAGUGAACUUCACCCUGGAGAAGGACGACGUGGAACAGUGGUCCAAGCAGAAUGACUUUAAUAUAGCCAAGAACUUGGAGCAGACUUACAAGACUCAGGAGCAGAUCAAGGAGGAGCUAAUACAGAUGGCUAAAGAUAAUCCAACCUUUGUCAAGUACAGGAGCCUUGGUAAAACUGGAGAGGGUAAUGACAUGGCAUCCUUAGAGUUGGGGCAGCCAUCAGGUUCUGUGGCCCAUGUUGGUGUGUUUGGUGGACUGUUUGGUGAUGAACCUGUUGGAGGAGAGAUUAUCCUUAGAUUGGCUAGACACAUGAUUGAAGGAUAUAAAAGGAAGGACUCAGCACUUAGUAAUCUGCUUUCCAAGGCCCACAUUCACCUGGUCCCCUCAGUGGAUGUAGAUGGCCUGGAAGAGGAUGCCAAACCUGGAGACUGUACUGGGAAACAGUACAAGGAGCCUUACAUUGCCAAUGACUUUGAAGAUUCAGAAAAUGGAAAGAUACCCAAUGCUGAGGUACCAUUGUUAAAACUAUGUUUUGAGCAACACCAGUAUCACCUUGUGCUGAGUCUGGAAGCAAGAGGAGUAUAUGUCAGAUACCCACUGAAUGCAAAAAGAAGGAACAACAUGGGACGCAGGGUGUCUUACACAGAAGAUGACGAUGAAUUCAUUACUCUAGUGGAAGCCUAUGUGAACGCCCACCCUGCCAUAGGAUCACCAGAUCAGUGUGGUCAUAACUUCACUGGGGGUGCUGUGGCUGGAGCUGAAGUACCCCAGGAGACACAUCCAGGAGCCUUAAUGGACUAUGCAUACUAUAAACAUGGGACUUUCAUGCUUUCAGCCCAUGUUUCCUGCUGCAAAUACCCUCCAGCAAGUGAACUACCCACUCUGUACAGAGAUAACCUGGGCUCCAUAAUGGCACUUCUCAGUAAAGCUUCACAAGGUGUGAGAGGCAGGAUCACUGAUGUGAAGAAUCAACCCAUAAAAGGAGUUGAGCUCAAGAUUUUAAACCAUGAGCAGAACAUCACAGUGUCGGACACAGGAGAAUUCUACAGAAUGUUUCCAAUAGGACAGUUUCAUUUGCAAGCUUCAGCACCAGCUUACGAUACUCUGACCAAAAGCACAGAUGUUCUUGGUGACUCCAUAGCACAGCUGAAUUUCCAGAUGAGGAAAGAAGUGACUGAGAUGUCCUACCACAACUAUGAUGCUAUGGUGAACUUUAUGAGGAAUAUAUCAUCAACAUACCCUCACAUCUCAAAUAUGUACAGCAUUGGGCAGAGUGUUCGUGGCAAAGACUUAUGGGUGUUGGAGGUCAGUAGCAACGUGGGAGCGGCUGCCCACAGAAAGGUGCCGAUCAGUCUGAUAGGAGGUGUCCAUGGCAACGAGGCAGUGGGCAAGGAACUAUUGCUGGAACUGGCCACUUACCUCUGCAGUCAUUACAGACAAGAUUAUGUCAUUACACAGCUACUUGAGAACACCCGCAUCCACAUCCUGCCCUCUCUGAAUCCAGAUGGCGCCACAGAGGCCACUGUAGGGGACUGUGAAGGAAAGACUGGGGAGUUAAAUGCCAAUAACGUAGACCUGCUCACCAAUUACCCAAUCUCUGACUCCAAUAACAGUUUUGUUCUUGAGCCUGAGACCCAGGCAGUGAUUGGGUGGAUCCACCAGCAUUCUUUCCUAAUGUCUGUACUGCUGAGAGGAGGAGCACUGGUCACCAGCUUCCCAUUCUAUGCACCAGCUGAUGAUGCCCAGACGGGCCACCCCACUGCUGUGAAUGCUGUGUUCCAGCAUCUUGCCAGUACCUAUGUCAAAAGACAUCCCACUAUGCAGACAGGUCAAUGUGAACACAAGCUGUCUGGACACAGCCCAGAAUUUAAACAAGGCAUAGAGAAUGGAGCUGUGUGGCAGCCAGCCACCAACACAAUGCAGGAUUUCAGCUACUUAAGUGUAGGCUGCAUGCAGCUGACUGUCCAUGUGGAGUGUUGUUCUUACCCCAGGGAUAAUGAACUGGCUCAUCUGUGGAGGGCAAAUAAGAAAUCACUUAUUGCAGUGUUGCAGGAGGCUUAUCAAGGAAUCAGAGGUCAGAUCUAUAGCCACACUGGCUAUCCUAUAGAGCAAGCAGUUAUUGACAUUGAGGGAAGCCCCACACAAGCCAUCACCAAUAAGAAUGGUGCAUACUGGAAAAUGUUACUGCCUGGAACAUAUACUGUUAAAGUAACUGCAGAGGGAUUUGUUUCACAAACCAAGGUUGUGAAGGUUGAUUCUCAAAGAGCCACUGAAGUUUUAUUUGAAUUGUCAAAGAUUGAAAAGAUCAUGGGACUCAGAAAAGAAAUGUUUGUUGCCUUUAUAGGAUUCACAGCUUUUGUGAUCGUUAUUCUGAUCACCAUCAUGGUCAUAUACAAAACCUACUGCAACAGCUACUCCUACAGGAAACUCCGACCCAAUGAUUUCAUGGAUGAAGAUGAUGAAGAGCAUUUACAUGGAUACAGUGCUAGGGCUGCCUUGUUACGUAAAUCAGAAUAUCAUGAUGAGGAAGAUGAGUCAGAUGAAGAGCACACACUAUAUGCGUCCAAAGCUUAAAUUAAGCAUCCUUCAUUACCUUACAGUUUUCAAAUACAUGCACCAAGUGUAGCUGUUACCAUCUGUUUUGUAUUUGGUAUAUUUGUAGAGACAUACAAUGAGUAGACUAAUUUAGAUUAAUGUAGAUUAAAUAACUGAUGUUAAUUCCCCCAAAAAAGAUCAUCAGUAAUUCUUUGAAAAUCAGAUCUAAAUCUGAAAAGGUCAUAAAUUGAUGUCUCAAUCCAUUAUUAUGAUUAUUUAAGUUCUAACCAUUGCAACACAUUCUCAAGUAGAUGUUCUCUUACAUUCCUUAAUAUGUUAAGUAUGUUAUUAUGUUAAGGUUAACAAACAAUUAUAUAGAUAGCAUGAGUAAUUGGAAUCUUCAGCUUUGUGCAUGUAUGAAGUUAUUUCUUUACUUUUGUUAACUUGCCAGAAAUGAGUUUCAUUAUUAUUUUCACUAUAACUAUCAUAUUAGAUUUAGAGCACUAUAUAUGAAAAUAUGCACCAAAGAAGAGAUAUUCAAACUGGCUAAAUUGAUCAGAGAGGCAAAAGAUUUAUGUAGAAGUCACUAGUGUUAAGGGCAAACGUGCAGCUGUGCUUGGUUUACUGCCCAGGACUUGGUGAUUUUUUUUCUAGUUGUUAUACAUGGCCUUGUUAACUAUGGACACACAUUCAAUACACUCAUACAUGCAAUCACAUCUAAUGCACUCCAAAUGUAACACGGGUGUCACCUAACACACUAAUACCUUACACAGUCCAACAGCAACAAAACCAGCAUUAGUAUAAGGAUAACAACUUCCAAAACGUGACACUCAUGCCUCUCAUUUUGUGAUAGUUGAAAAGGAUAUUUUUGUACCAUUCUAUGCAGAGCAAUAAUGCCUAAGACUCAUUUCCUGAAAGAUGAAAUCUUUCUGGAAAUUAGUAUGGUUCUUGUUAAAGUCAUUUUAAAUGUAAAUAUGUUAUAUCAGAUAUUGGAUUCAUACAUUUUGCUGUAAUUAAGAGGCUUAUGGAUGCAUAUUUAGCUUUAAUACAAGGGUAAAACUUUGCCUUAAAGUCGGUCUUCCUUAUAUGUACAGAGUGGUAAAAAGGUUCAGAAUGACAUCAUAAUAAUCCAGUAAAUGCAUUUCAAAAUAUGAAGAUCAUGGAAAGUUGUAUAUUGGUGGGUCCUUAAGUUUUGGUUGAGCUUUUUAAAGUAUACCUAAGUUUUGUUAGCAGAGAAACAUAGUGUUUUGUGUGGAACCUGCAAUUUUGAUGGUUUCCUACACUCUUCUGUAGUUUUUGGCGUUAUCAGUCAGCAUGUCAUUAGGGACCUGUUGUAUUCUUUGAACAUUUUAACAAACCCGAGUGUCAAACAAAGACAAUCUUGUUAUCACCUGUUAUUUCCUAUAAGUGGUAAUAUCUUUGACAUUAGGAUAAUAUACUUGCCUUUUCAUGUAGAAAAAAAUCUCUCAUGAUAUUAAUGAACUCUGUUUCUUUUGAGGAAUUAUGCUGUUUAACUGGUGCUUAUUUAGUGGAUAGAUCUUUGGGUUGUCUUCACUAUAGACAGGCAUGCUGUUUUAUGUUUAUGUUGACAUAUGAUUUUGUGUUAUGGUUUGUGAAUACAUCUUGAAUGGUGAUUUAUAAUGGGUGAGUGGUCGGAUAUUAGAAAUGUGCAAAUAUUUUAAAUGUUACUGAUUGGUUAAUGCCAUGCAAAAUUAACAAUAAUCUUGGAUUUUUUUCUUGAGAAUCAAUUGUUUAUUGUUAUGAAAAAUCUUUCUGGACAUCAUCUGUUUCAUAUGUAUGAUUUUCAAGACUGUGAGUUAAACUUUAAUAAAAUAUUAAUAAAAAUG